AUGAAUAAUAAUCUGCCACAGGUCAAAUCUCAUUCCAUUGACAUUAUUGAAGAGGAUAUAAAUCAUUCAAAAUCACCACCACUUAAAACAAAACCAUCUUCUAUACUAGUAUCAACUCAAUACUAUCUCCAUAUACAACAACAACAACCUACAAACACAACAACUUCUACAUCUACAUUUACACUAGAAACAAUGGCUCCAAAAGUUGCAAUCAUCAUUUACUCAUUGUACCACCACAUUGCUCAAUUAGCAGAAGAAGAGAAAAAGGGAAUUGAAGCUGCUGGUGGUCAAGCUGACAUUUACCAAGUCCCAGAAACACUUAGUGAUGAAGUUUUGAAAGCUAUGCAUGCACCAGCUAAACCAGAUUAUCCAAUUGCUACUUUGGACACUUUGACUUCUUAUGAUGCUUUCCUUUUCGGUAUUCCUACUAGAUACGGUAACUACCCAGCUCAAUUUAAAGCAUUCUGGGACGCAACUGGUGGAUUAUGGGCUAAGGGUGCUUUAUAUGGUAAGAUUGCCGGUAUUUUCGUUUCCACUGGUACUCAAGGUGGUGGUCAAGAAACCACUGCUGUCAACGCUUUAUCCGUAUUAGUUCACCAUGGUAUCAUUUAUGUUCCAUUGGGUUAUGCUAAGGCUUUCCAAUUGCAAUCAAACUUGGAAGAAAUUCAUGGUGGAUCUCCUUAUGGUGCUGGUACUUUUGCUGGUGCUGAUGGUUCAAGACAACCAACAAACUUGGAAAAGGAAAUUGCUCAGAUUCAAGGUAAAUCCUUCUUUGAAACUGUAGAGAAAUACCACAAGUAG